GGGCGCUGGGCCGGUGCUGUCGCAGCAGGAGUGGACCCCGGGGCCUCAGAAACAGGCUUUUAUCUGGCCCGGGACUGCCAGCCGUGCAGCGCUUCUCUCCAUAGCCGAAUACUGAGUAUUUGGACUCUGCUUCAGGCCCAAGUUCCCCGCCCUUCCCCGCUCCGCCUUUCUCUCUGGCUGCUACUGUCACUGCCUCCCUUUCCUACCUCGCUGUGCCCUCCACUAGGCACAAUCUUCGUUCUCUCAAAUCCGUCCUUUUUUUCCUCUCUUCCGCAUCCCUUCCAGAAAGCAAUUUAAAAGUCUUUCCUUCCCUCUUUAUUUUUUCUUACUUGUCUUUCUUUCUCUUCUCUUUCCUUUACUUCUUUGUUUUUUUCACUCCCUGCCAGGUUUCUGCCUUCUCCAGGGCUUCUCUCCUUUUCAGGCGCCUGUGGUUCGUGUGUUAGGAAGUUGAGCUUUUAACGCAGUCGUUUGAAGAUUUUAACCUUUUCCUUUCUCCUAACCAGGAGUCACAGAUGCCAGGACGUAUGGCCCCCCUCAAGAAGUCUCAGAAGGCCACAAGGUUGCCCCUGGCUCUAAACCCCCUGAAGAGCAAGGACGUGUUGGCAGUGCUGGCUGAGAGGAACCAGUCUGUAGUACCAGUUGGGGCGUGGGUAGAACAUGCCUCCCCAGAUAGUUCGGAAAUCCCUGCAUAUACUUCAGCAUAUAUGGUUGAAGAAAAACUAAAAGAACAGUUAAGGAAAAAACAAGAAGCUUUGAAACAUUUUCAGAGACAAGUCAAACACCGAGUAAAUCAACAAAUUAGGCUAAGAAAAAAGCAACAGCUUCAGAAGUCUUAUGAAGCAGCAGAAAAAGAAGGCUGUAUAGCCAUGCAAUCUUCAGAUCCAGCACACUUAACUCCUAAAAGGACAAGUGUUUUUGCAAACAAUUUGAAUGGCGCUAUUGGAAUUUCUAGGUUACCCCCUUCCCAGAUGCUUGGGGAUGAAAUAGAAGAUAGAGAGAAUCAGAAUGAAUUAUUCCAACAACAAGCCCAGGCUCUUAGUCAAACCAUGAAACAGGCACGUCACCGACUGGCAUCCUUUAAAACUGUGAGUAAAAAAAAGGCAUCAGUGUUUCCAGAUGGUAGAAGGAAAAGCUUUUCUACCCAAGAGGAACCUAACUGUGAGGAAUCUUCAUCUGUUAUGACAGAUGAGAAAGGGAGAGAUUUGUUAUGGGGGGAACAGCAGGAUCUCCUUUCUGAAGACAAAGACAAACCUUUCAGCAGAGUUCAGAAAGUAAAAUUUAAAAACCCAUUAUUUGUUGUGAUGGAAGAAGAAGGACAAAAGCAGUUACAUCUUAAGGGCCUUCAGGAUAUUCUGCCAGAAGCCCAGAAUUAUCUUCCAGAAGCCCAAGGUGAUCUGAAAAUCCAGGGUGAUUUGACAGGAAUCCAGAGUGUUGAGCUGGAAGCUCACAGUGUUGAGUCGGAUAGCAAGGCUGUUGAGCCAGAAGGCCAGGCUGUUGAGCCACAAGACCAGGCUGUUAAGACAGAAACUCAGGGUAUUAUGCUGAAAUCCCAGAAUACUGAGCUAGAAAAUGGGAAUAUUGUGGUAGAAGCCCAGGAUUUUCUACUCCAAAACCAGAUUUUUCUACCCAAAAACCUGUGUGUUCUCCCCAAAGACCAGAAUAUUUUACCUAAAUGUCAGGACCAGGAUUUUGUCUCUAAAGACCAAGAUUUUCUACCCAGAGACCAGCAUCUUUUCCCCAAAGACCAGAAUAUUCUACCCAACUAUCAGGACCAGGAAUUUUUCUCUGAAGACCAGGAUUUUCUACGCAGAGAUCAGCGUGUUUUCCCCAAAGACCAGAAUAUUGUGCCUAAGUGUCAGGACCAGAAUUUUCUCCCUAAAGACUGGGAUUUUCUCCUCAGAGACCAGCAUGUUCUCCCCAAAGACCAGAAUAUUGUACCCGAAUGUCAGGACCAGGAUUUUCUACCUAAAGACCAAGAUUUUCUACCCAGAGACCAAUGUGUUUUCCCCAAAGACCAGAAUAUUCUACACAAAUAUCAGGAUCAGGAUUUUCUCUCUAAAGACCAGGAGCUUCUACCUAGAGACCUAUAUGUUCUCCCAAAAAACCAGAAUAUUCAACCUAAAUGUCAAGACCAGGACUUUCUACCUAAAGACCAGGAUUUUCUACCCAGAGACCAGAAUAUUCUACCAAAAUGUCAGGACCAGGAUUUCCUAUGCAAAGAUCAGAAAGUACAUUUUAAAGAGCCACACUGUGAUAUGACAGAUGAGGAAGGAAGAGAAGGCUUUUCUCCAGCUGGUUGUCAGUAUCUACCUCCUAAACCCCAGAAGCAGAACUUCAUCAGAGAUCAGCACAGGAACAAUGUGCAGGCAUCACAUGAUAUGACAGAUGAGAGAUGGAGAAAGGAGUUAUUUCCAGAGAGCCAUGUAUAUAUUUUACAUGAAAUUCAGGAUCCAGGCUCUGCCAGAGAGCAGAGCUUAUACUUUAGGCAGCAGCUAUCUGUUGGGACAGCUGAAAAAUGUCAAGAGGAUUUGCUUCUGGAUCGCCAUCAGCAUCUUCCAUCCAGGAACCAGAGAGAUACUUCCAGCAGACAACAGGUGUAUAAUGAAUAUCAAUCAGGAAUGAGCACUGAAUUCCAAGCUUUACUGGCAUUUCGGUCUGGAAUAGAUCAAGAAGAAGACAAGAAAGAGGGAAAAAUCUGUGAGACAUCAAGUCAAAAUGUCAAAUUGGCAGGUGGAUACAUAGGUUUGAAUCUCAGGGGAAUGAUCUAUGACGGAGCUGUAGCUUUAAUUAAGAAAAAGAAAGAGCAACAACGUUAUGCUGAAGAGCAGAGGAUCCUAAAAACGAACUUUAAUGAAGAACCAUAUUCAGGGGAGAAGAUGAGUGACAUGUUAGCCCAGUUACAACUUGAAGAAAUAAAAACAGCCAGAGAAAAACAGCAACAGAGAGAAAAGGAAUACCUAAGAUAUGUAGAAGCUUUACGAGCUCAGAUCCAGGAGAAGAUGCAGCUAUAUAAUAUUACUUUACCUCCACUAUGCUGUUGUGGUCCUGAUUUUUGGGAUGCUCAUCCCAAUACCUGUGCCAACAAUUGUAUUUUCUAUAAAAACCACAGAGCAUAUACUCGGGCACUUCAUUCAGUCAUCAAUUCUUGUGAUAUCUCUGAGGGGAGUUCAACUCUUCGAAACGCCAUUCAUAAUUUUGCUUCUGCACACAGACGGACCUUGAAAAAUCUGUAAUUGAAAUCUGAACUGGCGGUAUUUUGGUCUUCAUUUAAAAAUCAACCUUGAGAUAUUAUUUAGGAAAAGCUGUUAAAGUAUAUAAGAUACAUAAUCUGGAAAGAAACACUGCCCCACAUAACUGUCUCUAUAAUUAGAUCGCAACCAUUGCUUCAAUCUCUGCCUUGGGACCAAGAUUGAAAGUUGACUUCCAAACUUGCCUCUUCUUUGUUAUGAACCAUAUAGAGUUUAUUAUUUUAAAAAAUGACCAGUCAGACAAGUAAGGUGUCUCUUACUUUGCUCUGUUCAAAAGAGAUCAUGAGAAAUCUUUGAGGUUAUGAUCAUUUAUCAUCUUUCUAAAACUGUAUCUUUGAGUCUUGACAAUAUCGAAAUGUCUUCAUAAAAUAGAGAAGAGAGGAAAUGAGCGUCUGAGCAUCACUGGCCAUUUAUGUUGCCAUUAACUUUUCUAGUUGUGUGUAACAAUUAGACAUGAGAUGAAUCUGAAUCUAAUGCACAUUUUCUUUUCAAAAUUUUCUGCUGUUUUUUUGUUUGUUUUGUUUUUAAGUGUAUUGCCUCUUUUCUCAUUCAGUGACAGAUUUUUAAUUGUAUAAAUUUUUAUUGUGAAAAAAGGGGGAAUAAACCCUCUAUCUUUUGAAUAUCUUCUAUAUGAAAUAAUUGUGAGUGGCAUUUCAAAAAGUGAAUCUGGAGUCAAAGUGAGUAAAGUCCUGCCUUAUUUCCCUGUCUUUAAAAACUUUGGUGAAUGGCAUGCCUACAGAGCAAGUGAAAUAAAAGUUGCCAUAGGUGGUAUGGAUUUGAUAUGUCUUCACAGUAUUUCCUGGUACAAAAUAUGAAAAGGUUUAAUGUUAUGAAUUAAAGACAGAUACUGACAGUU